AUGACUAAUCAUAUAAGUAAUACAGUAAAUAAUACAGCAAAUAAAGCACAUUUCUCUGCUCCAGUGGUGCAGAGCAGGCUCGAACACCACCACCUUCAACAAUUAAAACAUCCGGAAGCAAGACAUCAAUCUCAUAACCGGUCAAAGUCAUUAAACAGGGGGAAACGCGGUUUUUCGUAUAAUCAUCAACAACAACUAAAAGAGACAUCCUCCGUGUCAUCAUCCUCUACCGCGACCACCUCCCCCGCCACCGAUAUUAACUCCUUCCCUCGUCAUUCCAACAACAAAAAUUUUUCAAACUACAGCAAUAAUCGCGUCGAUAACUUUGAUUCGUAUAAUAGAGAACCAAAAAAUGUUGAUGGGUUGGUUGAGAAUGGUUCUGUCGGUCAAUUACAAAGAAAAUCAAGCACUUCAAGUAGACCCUUAAGAAGACAUCAGUACAGCGACUCGGUCGACGAAGAUAAAUUUAGAGUUACACCUAGUGUUUCGAUCCUCAAGAGACCUCAAUCCGCUACAGACUUUGUAAAACCUUCGAAAGCGUCUAUUUCUCUCGAUGUAACUCAUGAGCAACGCUAUGGCAAAGCUAAACGUGCUCAACGUCGUAAGGAAAUAAAAUCAAUGACCGAAGUCUUGGAAUAUAUCGAAACUGAUUUUUUGCAUAGUGCUAGCCCACCUCAACCAAUUACCAUCAAACAAUUUUCAGGUUCUGGCGAUGAAUCUGAUGUAAAUAGUACAAGCAACGCCGCCUUCCUCUUCCCCCCUCUUAAUUAUUCUAACGCUAUUAUUGCCCUUGAGGAAGGGAUGAAUAGUAAUAAGAGAGAGAACGUUUUCUCGAAUUCCGAUGAUAACGUUACUAUCAGGAGUCCUUCGGAUAGACCCGUAGAUAAAGAAUACAAGAGACUCUCGGAUAAUCAUGUUGAUUCUGCUCCACGCCGUCGACUUUCCAGCACUGCCAUCGAAUUACAAAGUCAAGUUUCUCGCUUCUCUGACUCUGAUUCAGUCACUCCACCCUCCGAAUCGAUCUUGUCGUCAACCCCUCCAACUGCCCGUAGACUUUCAAGUUCCCCGGGUAGACUUGGUGGCGCUCAUAAACUUUACGCCGGCCCCACCUUUCAUAAUUCACCCGCCCCAAGUGAUUUACCAAUGCCUUCGUUUUACAGUAAAUCUUUGGGUAAGGACCCAAGUCCUUUGUCAGUUGGUGGCAACAACUUGUUUACCGUUCCCGAAAAUAUGCCAUCCCCUCCAAAAGUUUACAAUGACUCAAACUCCUCACACUCCUCACCAUCUUCGGGUAAUGCUUCCGACGACGACAUCUUUGCCAUGGACGACUUUGAACCAUCGAGUGCACCUUAUUAUCCAGAAACUCCCACUUUGAGAAAACAAAAAUCACAAGAACUUUUACGUAUUUUGGCAGCUGCCAAUGCCCGUCAACAUCAAACCGCGGCAGCCUACAUGGUUCCUGAACGUAUGGCUACUGCCCAUCAUCCAAUGAAAGUUUAUCCCGCGAAUAACGGUUUGAAUUUGAAUGAAAUUUCUGAAACUUUGAGAAAUAUGUUGAAAAUUCAUGGGCAAUAA